AUGGAGGCGCCAGCGUGGAGUCGCCAGCGUGGAGCCACCAGAGUGGAGCCCCCAGCGUGGAGCCGCCAGCAAGGAGCCGCCGGCGUUGAGCCUCCAGUGAGUGGAGCCACCAGCGUCGAGCCACCAGCGUGGAGCCGCCAGGGUGGAGCCGCCAGCGCACCACAAGAGCGGAGCCACCAGAGCAGAGCCACCGGAACGAAGCCACCGGAGGGGAGCCACCGGAGUGGAGCCACCGGAGCAGGGCCGCCGGAGCGGAGCCGCCGGAGCGGAGCCGCCGGAGCGGAGCCGCCGGAGCGGAGCCGCCGGAGCGGAGCCGCCGGAGCGGAGCCGCCGGAGCGGAGCCGCCGGAGCGGAGCCGCCGGAGCGGAGCCGCCGGAGCGGAGCCGCCGGAGCGGAGCCGCCGGAGCGGAGCCGCCGGAGCGGAGCCGCCGGAGCGGAGCCGCCGGAGCGGAGCCGCCGGACCAGAGCUGCCAGAGGGGAGCCGCCGGACCAGAGCUGCCAGAGGGGAGCCGCCGGAGUGGAGCCGCCGGAGUGAAGCCGCCGGAGUGGAGCCGUCGGAGUGAAGCCGCCGGAGUGGAGCCGCCGGAGUGGAGCCGCCGGAGUGGAGCCGCCGGAGUGAAGCCGCCGGAAUGGAGCACUAGCGUGGAGCCGCCGGCGUUGAGCGGAGCCACCAGAGCGGAGCCACCGGGAGGGAGCCACCGGAGUGGAGCCACCGGAGUGGAGCCACCGGAGUGGAGCCACCGGAGUGGAGUCACCAGUGUGGAGCCGCCAGCGCGGAGCCGCCAGCGUUGA